AUGGAGACUGCCCAGAAGAUACUGGAUGAGCUCAUCGCCACGCGUGAGGACGUCAAAAUGAAAGUAGAGGUACAGUAACCACACACACACACCUCCCCCUCCGUUACCACCCAUCUGGCAUCUGCUCAACAUUGGCGCAAAGUUAGUAUACAGUGCAUUCGGAAGUAUUCAGAUCCCUUCCCUUUUUCCACAUUUUGUUACGUUACAGCCUUAUUCUAAAAUGGAUUAAAUAAUUGUUUUCCCUCAUCAAUCUACACACAAUACACAAUAAUGACAAAGCGAAACCAGGUUUUUAGAAAUGUUGGGAAAUUUAUAAAAAAUAAAAAACAGAAAUAACUUAUUUACAUAUGUAUUCAAACCCUUUGCUAUGAGACUCAAAAUAGAGCUCAGGUGCAUCCUGUUUCCAUUGAUCAUCCUUGAUGUUUCUACAACUUGAUUGGAGUCCACCUGUGGUAAAUUCAAUUGAUUGGAAAUGAUUUGGAAAGGCACACACCUGUCUAUAUAAGGUCCCACAGUUGACAGUGCAUGUCAGAGCAAAAACCAAGCCAUGCGGUAGAAGGAAUUGUCUGUAGAGCUCCGAGACAGGAUUGUGUCGAGGCACAGAUCUGGGGAAGGGUAACAAAAAAUGUCUGCAUUAUUGAAGGUCCCCAAGAACACAGUGGCCUCAAUCAUUCUUAAAUGGAAGAAGUUUGGAACCACCAAGACUCUUCCUAGAGCUGGCCGCCCGGCCAAACUGAGCAAUCGGGGGAGAAGGGCCUUGGUCAGGGAGGUGACCAAGAACCCGAUGGUCACUCUGACAGAUGGGAGAAACUUUCAGAAGGACAACCAUCUCUGCAGCACUCCAGACAGACGGAAGCCACUCCUCAGUAAAAGGCACAUGACAGCCCGCUUGGAGUUUGCCAAAAGGCACCUAAAGGACUCUGACCAUGAGAAACAAAAUUCUCUGGUCUGAUGAAACCAACAUUGAAUUUUUUGGCCUGAAUGCCAAGCGUCACGUCUGGAGGAAACCUGGCACCAUCCCUACGGUGAAGCAUGGUGGUGGCAGCAUCAUGCUGUGGGGAUGUUUUUCAGCGGCUGGGACUGGGAGACUAGUCAGGAAUGAGGGAAAUAUGAACGGAGCAAAUUACAGAGAGAUCCUUGAUGAAAACCUGCUCCAGAGCGCUCAGGACCUCAGACUGGGGCGAAAGUUCACCUUCCAACAGGACAAUGGCCCUAAGCACACAGCCAAGACCACGCAGGAGUGGCUUCGGGACAAGUCUCUGAAUGUCCUUGAGUGGCCCGAUCUAACAUCUCUGGAGAGACCUGAAAAUAGUUGUGCAGCGACGCUCCCCAUCCAACCUGACAGAGCUUGAGAGGAUCUGCAGAGAAGAAUGGGAGAAACUCCCCAAAUACAGGUGUGCCAAGCUUGUGGCGUCAUACCUAAGAAGACUCGAGGCUGUAAUCGCUGACAAAGGUGCUUCAACAAAGUACUGAGUAAAGGGUCUUAAUAUACAUAUUUUUAUUAGCAAAAAAGUCUAAAAACCAGUUUUUUCUUUGUCAUUAUGGGGUAUUGUGUGUAGAUUGAUGAGAAUUUUUUUUUAAAUUCAUUUUAGAAUAAGGCUGAAACGUAACAAAAUGUGGAAAAAUUCAAGGGGUCUGAAUACUUUCCGAAUGCACUGUAAGUAGAAGACAGGUCCCUAGGUCCCAGUAGAGAUGCCUGGGGAUGUCCUAACACAGUGAAACACUCUUAACUGUAAGGAGCAGAGGUCUACAGAACAGUACUGUACGGUCUCCAACUGCCCUCCGUCACUGAGGUACAUGUACUUCCCGGUCAGCCCUAAACACACAUAUUACAGGAUGUUAAACCCCCCUGGCUGGAAGGCCUAGGGAGCAUCAGAGAGAGGACAUAGAGAACUCUGUCUGUGUUAGGGACAUAGUAACUUCUCUGUAGCAAACUAGACCCAAGCCAAGUCAGAAGUGAUGAUAGAGAAAGGGUAGUUACUGAUGAUAGGAGAAGACUAGCUCUGUGAUGAAGGGGGAUUAGUGUGCAGGAUAGGAGGCCUGAGAUUGGGUCUGGGAGUUGAUUAUGACCUUGCUAUCUGACUCAUAGAAGGAGGGCUUUGGAAUUGGGUACAUUGUAGUGGUUUCUUCCUGCUCAUGCAAACUCUCGGAGUGUUCUCACACACACGUGCAUGUGCACACACACACACACACACACAUACACAACAAUGUGGCUUUUAAAUUGGAUAAGGAUCAGAGUUAUCCCUUCAGGAGAGAGAGAGACAUCAGGCCUGAUAAUCACAGUGAAUAAUCUCUUUAUGUAGAGCAGAGAAUAUAAUUCAUCAUCUACUGGGUUAUGAUGGGUCAUGGUCUGACUCUCAAUGCAUUACAAUGCAGCUGUAUGGCUCGUUGUUUUUCUUAACAGUAACAAGGACAUUGUUAUGGCUAUUAUUCAGAGAGAGGGAUGAAUGUGUUCUUUAUUACUCAUACAGUGGAGGAAUAUCCAUAUCAGUAUGAAUGGCCUGGUGUAGUUGUUGACUAAGGGGUAGGGACACACAGGGAUUUGAUAACUUGAAUUAAUAAGCUGUUGAUACUGUUGUUGGAAGGCACUACUGUAGGAAUGUGUUGUAGUGAUAGUUUGAAAUGACACUUUUGUAUCAGAAUUUGUACACUUUGGCUGCUGUUGUAGUAAUGUACUGUUUUUGUUGUUGUUGUAGGAGUGCACUAUGAAGGUGCAAGAGGGCAAGUUCAAGCUCCAGGACCUGCUGGUAGUGCCCAUGCAGAGGGUUCUCAAGUAUCACCUCCUACUUAAGGUAAGGCGCAUUACAAACCUACAAUACAACUUGUGCUAACCCUUAGGCAUUAAUGUCAAUGGCAAUAAUGUGACACAUUCACAUUAAUCCUCAGUACCAUCACUCUUCACAAAAAAGGGACAUUCUUCAAGACAAUAAUAUUGAACAUCAUGAGAUUUUCUUGGUAUGGCUGUUGAAUAUGCUAGGUGUUUUAAGGGUGAAUCUCACUCGUAGGCCCACUCAGUACACAUCUUGGUGUCCCUCUGUUUCCCCCUAAUCCCACUCCUCUACAAGGUCCUUUGCCCCUGGGUCCCUAUGCCCACUCACAUGGAUUAAACUAGCAAACAAUGUGGCCACUCCAGUACACACAGAGACCCAAUGGAGCCUUGUUCCAGGAACUCUCCCUUAGUAGUCAUGUGAGUAAAAACAAGCUGGCCAGACUGCCUGAUUCAAAACAUAAUUCAUUAACUAGUCAGCUCAAUAAUGAAUGAGGUGGGGUUAGUUGGUGACGUGGGUAUGGAGAGAGUAGAGGUGAGCAGAGUGCAUGGCAGGUGAUGAUGGGGGGACUGCAGUGAGUGGUUUUUCAUCUCAGGCUGACUGACUGACUGGCUGAAUUUACAUUUACGUUUACAUUUACGUCAUUUAGCAGACGCUCUUAUCCAGAGCGACUUACAAAUUGGUGCAUUCAACUUAUGAUAGCCAGUGGGACAACCACUUUUUUUUAUGGGGGGUUGGGGGGGGGGGGGGGGGGGGGGGUAGAAAGAUUACUUUUAUACUAUUCCUGGUAUUCCUUAAAGAGGUAGGGUUUCAAGUGUCUCCGGAAGGUGGUCAGUGACUCCGCUGUCCUGGCGUCGUGGGGGAGCUUGUUCCACCAUUGGGGUGCCAGAGCAGCGAAUAGCUUUGAGCGGGAACUGAGCUUCCGUAGAGGUAGGGGGGCUAGCAGGCCAGAGGUGGAUGAACGUAGUGCCCUCGUUUGGGUGUAGGAUCAGAGCCUGAAGGUAAGGAGGUGCCGUUCCCCUCACAGCUCCGUAGGCAAGCACCAUGGUCUUGUAGUAGAUGCGAGCCUCAACUGGAAGCCAGUGGAGUGUGCGGAGGAGCGGGGUGACAUGAGAGAACAUGGGAAGGUUGAACACCAGACGGGCUGCAGCGUUCUGGAUAAGUUGUAGGGGUUUAAUGGCACAGGCAGGGAGCCCAACAGUGAGUUGCAGUAAUCCAGACGGGAGAUGACAAGUGCCUGUAUUAGGACCUGUGCCACUUUCUGUGAAAGAUAGGGUCGUACUCAGCGAAUGUUGUAGAGCAUGAACCUGCAGGAUCGGGUCACCGCUUUGAUGUUAGCGGAGAACGACAGGGUGUUGUCCAGGGUCACGCCAAGGUUCUUUGCACUCUGGGAGGAGGACACAAUGGAGUUGUCAACCGUGAUGGCGAGAUCAUGGAGCGGGCAGUCCUUCCCCGGGAGGAAGAGCAGCUCCGUUUUGCCGAGGUUCAGCUUGAGGUGGUGAUCCGACAUCCACACUGAUAUGUCUGCCAGACAUGCAGAGAUGCGAUUCGCCACCUGGUUAUCAGAAGGGGGAAAGGAGAAAAUUAAUUGUGUGUCGUCUGCGUAGCAAUGAUAGGAGAGACCAUGUGAGGAUAUGACAGAGCCAAGUGACUUGGUGUAUAGAGAGAAUAGGAGAGGGCCUAGAACUGAGCCCUGGGGGACACCAGUGGUGAUAGCACAUGGUGCGGAGACAGAUUCCAUCACAAGUCCCAAGAUUUCAUCUGGAGAGAGAGGGGAGAAAGAAGUCAGGGCAGUGUGAGCAGGACCAGCGGUGUCAUUUGACUUAAUAAAUGAGGAUCGGAUGUCGUCAACCUUCUUUUCAAAAUGGUUGACGAAGUCAUCCACAGAGAGGGAGGAGGGAGGAGGAGGAGGAUUCAGUAGGGAGGAGAAGGUGGCAAAGAGCUUCCUAGGGUUAGAGGCAGAGGCUUGAAAUUUAGAGUGGUAGAAAGUGGCUUUAGCAGCAGAAACAGAGGAAGAGAAUGUAGAGAGGAGGGAGUGAAAAAAUGACAGGUCCGCAGGGAGUCUAGUUUUCCUCCAUUUCUGUGAGCUCGCAAUGAGUCGUCAAGCCACGGAGUAGGAGGGGAGGACCGAGCCGGCCGGGAGGAUAGGGGACAUAGAGAGUCAAAAGAUGCAGAAAGGGAGGAGAGGAGGGUUGAGGAUUUAGCAGAGGGAAGAGAUGAUAGGAUUGAAGAGGAGAGAGUAGCGGGAGAGAGAGAGCGAAGGUUGCGACGGCACAUUACCGUCUGAGUAGGGGCAGAGUGAGUAGUGUUGGAGGAGUGCGAGAGAGAAAAGAAUACAAAGUAGUGGUCAGAGACUUGGAGGGGAGUUGCAGUGAGAUUAGUAGAAGAACAGAAUCUAGUAAAGAUGAGGUCAAGCGUAUUGCCUGCCUUGUGAGUAGGGGGGGACUGUGAGAGGGUGAGGUCAAAAGAGGAAAGGAGUGGAAAGAAGGAGGCAGAGAAAAAAUAGUCAAAGGCAGACGUAGGGAGGUUAAAGUCACCCAGAACUGUGAGGGGUGAGCCAUCCUCAGGAAAUGAACUUAUCAAGGCGUCAAGCUCAUUGAUGAACUCUCCAAGGGAACCUGGAGGGCGAUAAAUGAUAAGGAUGUUAAGCUUGAAUGGGCUAGUGACUGUGACAGCAUGGAAUUCAAAUGAGGAGAUGGGUGGGGGAAAAGAGAGAAUGUCCACUUGGGAGAGAUGAGGAUUCCUGUGCCACCGCCGUGCUGACCAGAUGCUCUCGGGGUAUGCGAGAACACAUGAUCAGACGAGGAAAGAGCAGUAGAAGUAGCAGUGUUUUCUGUGGUAAUCCAUGUUUCCGUCAGCGCCAAGAAGUCGAGGGACUGGAGGGUAGCAUAGGCUGAGAUGAACUCUGCCUUGUUGGCCGUAGAACGGCAGUUCCAGAGGCUGCCGGAGACCUGGAACUCCACGUGGAUCGUGCGCGCAGGGACCACCAGAUUAGAGUGGCAGCAGCCAUGCGGUGUGAAGCGUUUGUAUGGCCUGUGCAGAGAGGAGAGAACAGGGAUAGACAGACACAUAGUUGACAGGCUACAGAAAAGGCUACAAUAAUGCAAAGGAGAUCGGAAUGAAAUUAACUAAACAUCUGGGAAAGCGAGAGAACGGGGCCUCCCUCACUUACGUUUCACUGAAACACUCAAAUAUAACUCUCCCAACUUCCACUUUAGAAAUUAUAAUUGUUGUAAACUACAGCGGUUCAAUGUUUUCUAGGAAUAUACUCUAUUGGCCUGCAGGACAUCAAGAGAAGAGAAACUGUGUUCAAAUCAGCCAUGCUGUAAUCGUAUUACAUGCAGCCCAUUUCACUGCUUCCCAUAGAUUUGUUGUAAGGAUUAUUAUGCCGUGGCCCCAGGGCGUUCAACUGAUAGGCUGUGUGUGUGCCUGUAUGUUUGUGCGCAUGUGUGUGUGUGUAAGCCUUAGCAUCUUUACUUCAUGAUCUGGGUGUUGCAGAUUCCACUGUGAUGAAGACAUAUCUGGUCUUUGUCAGAAUUACACAGUACACAGCUUAUAAUAUACUGUAUACUGUAGCAAAUCAUUCUGUCUUCAAUGAAGCAGCCAGCAGGCCUCAACUCACCAACACACUCAUCCUACACCAUCACUCUCAUCUCCCCACGCUCCUCAGAACUGCAGAAGCAUAAAGUCCACCUGAAUGUGUCAGUUGUAAGAUCACAUUACAUUUACAUGUCACAUGGUCUAGAUGCACAUAUGUUCCACUAGUGUAGUACCUCUGAGAGGCAGAGAGAAUAGAUGUGUACUGGCCUAACUCAUUGUUUGCAGCAGCAUCCAUCUUUUUUUUUAAAUGCACAGAUUUUCUUAUAAAGGAUUAACUGUGUUUAUGCAGAAAAACUCAUUUUGAGGUGAUGAUGUUUAGUGAGAGUUCAUACAAGUUACAUGAGUGUAACUUACAGGGAGUUGAUCUGUUGCUCUCCUCGGUGUGUGGCUGUCAUACUGAGUUAUGUCAAUGUUUUGUGGAGUGUGUGGUGUAUAGUGUGCUCCACUAAUGGAAUGUAACAUUCUCUUACAGGAGCUGGUGAGUCAUUCAACUGACCGACCUGAGAGACAGCAGCUCAAGGAGGCGUUGGAGGCCAUGCAGGUGUGUGUGUGUGUGUGUGUGUGUGUGUGCGUGUAUGUGUGUGCGUGUGUGUGCGCGUUUGAGGUUAUUCCGGAUAUGAUCAUCAAUUAAAUUUUUCAAUUAAUUCAGAAGAAUGCUUGGGAGCAUAGCAAAAAGUUAUAUUGUAGUGGCUUUAGCAGCAGAAACAGAGGAAGAGAAUGUAGAGAGGAGGGAGUGAAAAGAUGACAGGUCCGCAGGGAGUCUAGUUUUCCUCCAUUUCCGCUCGGCUGCCCGGAGCCCUCUUCUGUGAGCUCGCAAUGAGUCGUCAAGCCACGGAGUAGGAGGGGAGGACCGAGCCGGCCGGGAGGAUAGGGGACAUAGAGAGUCAAAAGAUGCAGAAAGGGAGGAGAGGAGGGUUGAGGAUUUAGCAGAGGGAAGAGAUGAUAGGAUUGAAGAGGAGAGAGUAGCAGGAGAGAGAGAGCGAAGGUUGCGACGGCACAUUACUGAUAUGAUCAUCAAUUACAUUUUUCAAUUAAUUCAGAAGAAUGCUUGGGAGCAUAGCGAAAAGUUAUAUUGUAGCUUUAACUCGGUCAAGAUAUAAUAGAUGUCGUUCAGAUGUACUGGUGUAAAAACAAUGCAUCUCUGUCUCUGAAGGACCUGGCUAUGUACAUCAACGAAGUGAAGAGAGACAAUGAAACCUUGAAGAAGAUUAGUGAAUUCCAAAACUCCAUCGAAAACCUUGUAAGUAACUCUGAUUGCUGUAAAUGACAGUACUUUUCUACAAUCAGCACUGAUAAGGAACAAUAAGGAAUUUUGACCCUUUUGAGAUUUAUUGAGCAUCAAUUACCCAUCCCUCUGGCCCCAACACGUUCCUCAACUUCUCUCUCGGUGGACAGCCUGGAACAUUUCUCUCUCUCUCUCUCUCUCUCUCUCUCUCUCUCUCUCUCUCUCUCUCUCUCUCUCUCUCUCUCUCUCUCUCUCUCUCUCUCUCUCUCUCUCUCUCUCUCUCCUCUCUCUGCUUACCUCAUCCCUCGCUUCUACCUGUCCCACUCAUCUGCAAGUAUCAUGUCUCUAAUAAAUCAUUUAUUCUUCCAGAGCGUGAGCAGACAGGCUUUUUAAGUCUCCACGAAUACCAAACUAAAGUUUGUCGCACAAGGCAGCGUUUAGUCUAACAGCAGCUGGCUUUUAAUGGCCUUAAUAUGUGUUUUAGAUGAAGCAUUAGAGACAGACAACCACAGGCUGCUAUUUUAGAUAUGCUGCCUGUUUUGUCUGUACGUGUGUAUGCCCAUUGUAUCCCGGGUAAGAUAUAACUGUCGGAUCUAAUGACACAUGCUGAAGGGGGUCAUACGGUCAGAGGUGAAAGACUCAUGAAUGUCAUAAUGUUAUGAUAGCAGAUUAAAAUGACUCACAUUUCCCAUUUGGACAUCUUGAUGUUUAAUAUAUCAUAAGUCAGUUCAGUGCCUUGGGCGAUGCCAAAUUUAAUUCAAUGAGAUUUAACCAGGUUAGAUGAAUAAUGUGGUCCUCUGUAGCUCAAUUGGUAGAGCAUGGCGCUUGUACCGCCAGGGUAGUGGGUUCGAUCCCCGGGACCACCCAUAUGUAAAAAUGUAUGCACACAUGACUGUAAAUCGCUUUGGAUAAAAGUGUCUGCUAAAUGGCAUAUUAUUAUAAUAAUUAAUAACACUAAGUAAAGUAGACAGCAGUGUGUUGCUCUCAUCCAUACUUACUGUUUAUACUACCACUCUUAUUGAUCACUGGGGAAACCAGAGAUGUACAGCAUUAGAUUAACACUGGCAUGUGUAUGUGACCUAAGCAGCAGGUCAAACUGGAGGAGUAUGGCAGACCAAAGAUAGAUGGAGAGCUCAAGGUUUCCUCCAUAGUCAACCGAACAAAGCAGGACCGGUGAGUAGUCAAGCUUCACUAUGUGAGAUGCCUGAAUGUAUGGUACUUACUGAAUGCAUGGUACUUACUGAAUGUAUGGUACUUGAAUUAAGAGAGAACCAGAUUUAGUAAUGGAGAAUACAUGUGUUCAGAACUCUAACUGGUGUUUUACGGUUAUUUUCCCAAGGUACAUAUUCCUGUUUGAUAAAGUAGUCAUAGUGUGCAAGCGGAAAGGCUACUGCUAUGAAUUGAAGGAGAUCAUUGAGCUGCAGUCAUACAAAAUGUCUGACGACCCCAUGAACAACAGGGACAUGAAGAAGGUAGGCAGCAGUAUUGAGCACUUUAAAACAGGGGACGCACAAUUUCCCUCAACACCCUGCUGAAGGGACACAAUCAGCCUAGGUUUUGCAAUAUCCCAAAGUUUACAAAUGGUGUCCUUGAGGUAGAGUUGUGGUGAUGGUAAUUUCAGAUAAGUGAGCUCAUGUGUAAUGCAUUAAAGUGUCAGAUCUGUAUGCAUUGUGCAAGCCUAUGCUCUGAAGAACAUGUAAAUGCAAUGUAUGUCAUUUACAAUACUGCUGUGCACAUUUUCCACCAAUCUAACCAUUCUUUUGAAUAUUUUGAAUCUGCAUGUGUGGUCGUGUGCAUGUGUAACUGGGUCUUCUCUGGUGUGUUUCUCUUUGCAUGCGUACCAGUCGAGUGGAAAAAUGGUAAGCUGAAGCAACCCUUAACUCAUCUUCUCAUUGCAGCCACUGUGUGUGUGUGGUGUUGGGUCAUGCCAUGAUUGCAUGUGUACCCACUGGCAAUGUGAUUCUCUUAUGCUUUUGUCAGAUGCAUUGCCAAGCAUGAACAGUAUCUCUUGGUUAGCUCCAAAGGGAAUGUGUAGGUUAUAAAAAGUACAUUUUAUUAGUAUACAUCAUUGUCUAGGUGUAGUUGUUACAACCCUCCCAAUUGUCUGUCCCCCACCCAGUGGUGUAAAGUACUUAAGUAAAAAUACUUUAAAGUACUACCUAAGUCGUUUUUGUGCUUUACUAUUUAUAUUUUUGACAACUUUUACUUUUACUUCACUACAUUGCUAAAGGAAAUAAUGUACUUUAUACUCCAUACAUUUUCCCUGACAUCCAAAUGUACUCGUUACAUUUUGAAUGCUUAGCAGGACAGGAAAAUGGUUUAAUUAACACACUUAUCAAGAGAAAAUUCCACGUCAUCCCUACAGCCUCUGGCGGACUAAACACAAAUACUUUGUUUGUAAAUUAUAUCUGAGUGUUGGAUUGUGCCCCUUGGCUAUCCAUAAAUUUAAAAAAACUAAAAAAUGGUGCCAUCUGAUUUGCUUAAUAUAAGGAAUUUGGAAUACUUUUAGACUUUUACUCAAGUAGUAUUUUACUGGGUGACUUUUACUUUUACUUGCAUCAUUUUCUAUUAAGGUAUCUUAACUUUUACUCAAGUAUGACCACUGGGUACUUUUUCCACCACUGCCCUCACCACUCUCUCCAUCUAUGCCUCUGUUUCUUUCUUUCCACCAUCCCUUCCUCAUUCCCUCUUUCUCUGCAGUGGUCCUAUGGCUUCUACCUGAUCCACCUGCAAGGGAAGCAGGGUUUCCAGUUCUUCUGUAAAACAGAGGACACCAAGAGGAAAUGGAUGGAGCAGUUUGAGAUGGCCAUGUGAGUACAGUAGUAGGCCUACUGUAGCAGUAUACAGCACAGUAGAUCUUUUAAACGAAUCAGAUCCAUUUCAAACUAGCCAUGUAUGUUUCCUCCAAUCCUAAAGGUCAAACAUCAAGCCGGAGAAAGCCACGGCCAAUCAGCACAACUUCCAGAUGCACACGUUUGAGAAGGACACCAACUGCCGAGCCUGCAAGAUGCUGCUGAGGUGAGACUUGGAAAAAACCGCAGGGCUCCUCCUAUGUACCUGUACACCUACAUCAGAUCGUUCGCGUGGCAUUAUCAUGUGCUUUGUUGACGGAAGACAUCACUGUUUUUCAAUGGGAUAUCAGUGGUACAAACUGAUGCUACGCACUUAAUGUGAUAAGCAGUCUUUUGAGGCUGCCAGCCCCUCUAAACUUCCUGAAUGACCAAUCAAAUCAAAUCAAAUUGUAUUUGCCACAUGCGCCGAAUACAACAGGUGUAGACCUUACAGUGAAAUGCUUACUUACAAGCCCUUAACCAACAAUGCAGUUUUAAGAAAAAUAAGUGUUAAGUAGAAAAUAGAUACCAAUAAAUAAAAAUAAUGAAAGAGCAGCAGUAAAAUAAAAUAACAGUAGGGAGGCUAUAUACAGGGGGUACCGGUACAGAGUCAAUGUGAGGGGACACAGGUUUGCGUCUGUUUGAUUUGACUGACAGCUAGAACAUGCACGUACACUUUUCCAACGCCAGCCAUUACAGUAGGACUGCGUAUAGGUUGACAAUGUGAGUGCAGCUCUAGAACUACACUGUGAAGCGUGCCACUACCACUCCUAACCUCUGUUAUAGUGGCUGUCUACACUCUAUACUCGAUGCAAUGUAUUGGCACAAAAACAACAUAGUAGUGGCGCUGACCUAAAUUCCCUCCCAGUGUUGUGGAAGGGACCAGUGUGCUGCUACCACUAGCUGCUAGCUGUAUAAUUGCAUCAGUAGCCCAAGUGUAUUAGCCUGUGAUGUAUGGUGUUGGCUAUUGGACAUGGCAGUGUAUACACUGUAUUUUUAAAUAGUGUAGGAAGUAAUCCACUUUAUUGUGUGACCUAAAAAAGAGUGGGCCGCUUACGGUGGAUGUAGUCUCAGAACAUUGAAUUCAUGUCUAUUUAGCCGAGGCUUUUAUUCAAAGCGACAAUCGGUUAACACAAAUGCACAGUGUGUGGCCACACAGGAAUCAAACCUGUAGCUUUUGGAAGAACAGUGUAUACUAGGAAAGUAAUAGCAUAGAAUCACAUAUGGUGCAUGUUUUUUUAUUCUAUUUAGAGUAGUGUUUAGAUAAAGACGUCCUAACUGGUCAGGGUUAGGAAUGAUCCUGUGUGUUAUUGGCUUUUCAGUGUCAGUCUCCUCCUCACCUGUGACCCCCGCCACCCCCCACCCCCCCUAAUCUGUGUAUCUCACUCUCUCUCUCUCUCCCAGGGGGAUCUUCUACCAGGGAUACUACUGUUCCCGCUGUGGGACUGGAGCUCACAAAGAGUGCCUGGAGUGCAUCACCACCUGUAAAAUCAGUAGGUUUCUCCUCCCUUUGCUUAACUCUUAUUCAUUACAGUGGUAUCAGAGAUAUAAGAGGAACUUAAUGUGAAGUGUUACUGACAAGUCUCCCUAGAUACAGACGGUUCUAUGGAACAUGCAUAACUAGUGAGUUGUACCAUUUAGUUGACCACCUGCUCUCUCUCGCUCUCAUUUUUUCAGAUCCACUUGACACAGUGAGUGUUUCACCCUCCCGUUUCUUAAACAUUCAGAUGUAUCACCUUUUGAAGAAUGAAAUCUAUUGUUUCAUGAAUGAAUGAUCAUAUUGUUGUUGUAUUGAUAACUGAUUGAUAAAUCUGUUUGGUCGUGUAGAACAAUAAUACUAUAAGCUCUUAGAGCUCCCUUAUCUUGACGCUGUUGUUGUGUUUGUCCUUCCUUUUUCAGGAACCUGGACUACUGCCAUCAGGUAGGAAUUCUGUUCAUACAGGAAAUCACAUAGCACAGUGUAAUUAAUGUUAGUCAGUCAAUCCAUACAAUGUACAGUAGACUUUGAUAAAGAUUGCUCUCAAGCUGUCAAACUAACUUGAAGUUGGCUGGAAUGUGGAGUAGCGCUACAGCUCUCUGCUGCCAUCUUGUGGAAAUGUUAUAUGGAGAAUUCUGUGUAGUCUUAAUAGCCCAAGUGAAGAGUGUUCAGUUUAUCUGUCUGUAUGCAUUUUAUCCUGGCUUCAGGCCCUAAGAUGGUGGCAGUGAGGAACUAUCAUGGGACGCCUGUUCCUCCAGGGAAGCCUCCACUCUCCUUCCAGACAGGCGACUUCAUCGAGCUCCUGAAGGGGGAACCUGACACCACCUGGUGGGAGGUAAAAUCACUCCCUGACCAUAGGUUAUCCACUAACACACACAUUCUAAUGAGCAUGCACAAUGUUCUCCUGUAUCCAGCCAUAGCAACAGAGUUGUUGUAUAUCGACACCUAGUGUCUCUCUCUCCCAGGGAAAGCUUAUCCAAACCCAGAAGAGUGGCUUCUUUCCUAACAACUGUGUAAAGCCUUGUUUGGACCCCAAGGUAAAGGACCCCUCACAUACACAUUCACUCACUCAUGAUUCUACUCUAUUUAUGAAAUCUCUAAUGCUGUUUUUGUGGUUGUCACCACAGCCGUUGUUCCAGUCCUUCCCCAGCCGGCAGUCCUCAAGGGAAACAGACUACUAUGGAUACCCAUGGUACGACCCUUCACCUUGGAUACUAUCAGACAUUUCAAAAGUUGUGAUAUUCAGUCUAGUUUGCAAGUACCCCUCUCCUCAUUUCUCUGCAGUAAAUAAAUUGUAUUACUGUGGUAUUACUAUUUCAGGACAGUGUAUUACUAUGUUAGGACAGUAUAUUACUAUGUUAGGACAGUGUAUUACUAUGUUAGGACAGCGUAUUACUAUGUUAGGACACAGUAUUACUAUGUUAGGACAGUGUAUUACUAUGUUAGGACAGUGUAUUACUAUGUUAGGACAGUGUAUUACUAUGUAUAUUCUAAAGUCCAUCAGUGACCUGUGUUCCCCCUCAACGUCACGUCAGGUUUGCUGGCAACAUGGAGCGGACACAGGCUGACAACCUGUUGAAGUCCCACAGCAGUGGAACAUACCUGAUCAGAGAGAGGACUGCUGAGGCAGAGAGGUUCGCCAUCAGCAUCAAGUUAGUGUUUACUCUAAUUUACCCUAGCAAAGUAAAAUCACAGGAGACGUAUCUUUCUCAGUAACACUAACAAACCCCCAUUCCUUCACAUACUUUAUAGUGGUAGCCACAUUCAUAUUCAAAUUACUUCAAAUUUAAAUGAAUCUUUGUUGUGUGUAUUAGGUCCCGUGUAGCUCAAUUGGUAGAGCAUGGCGUUUGCAACGCCAGGGUUGUGGGUUCGAUUCCCACGGGGGGCCAGUAUGGGGGAAAAAAAUAAAAUAAUGUAUAUGGAUAAGAGGGUCUGCUAAAUGACUAAAAUGUAAAUGUAAUGCAUUACCAGGAAGCUAUCAUACAGUUUGUGAUGCCAUUGGAGUGAGUUAGACCAUGCCCAGUGGACAUGUGCAUCUGAGUGACUUGCUACAACUGGAGCGAGGAGAAGGGGAGGGUGGAAAUUACCAUUUAUUUUGUAUAGAUUUUUAUUAAAUAAACUAUAUUAGGCUUACACACAGUAAUAAUAAAAAGCUCCACACAUUACAUAUUUCUAACCCAGAACUUCACUCCCAUUCCUACCGGGAGCUGCAAGACCCACGGUAGUCCUGUUACCAUGUCAACCUCUAAUGCCCACUCUGUCAGCUCCCACCCCUGUGAUUCUUCUGUAGUCACUGCAGUACUUUUGUCUCGAAUAGGUUCAAUGAUGAAGUAAAGCACAUUAAAGUCAUUGAGAAAGACAGCUGGAUCCACAUCACUGAGGCUAAGAAGUUUGAGAGUCUACUGGUAAGAGAACUUUCAUCAAUCUGUCACAUAAUGUCACAUACUAUUUGUAAUGCUUAUAUGGCCAAUGAAUGACCCUGUUGUUUCUUUCUCUUGUGUUCUGUCUGACAGGAGUUGGUGGAGUACUAUCAGUCCCAUUCACUGAAGGAGAGUUUCAAGCUGCUAGACACGACAUUACGCUAUCCCUACAAAUCUAGAGAACGAGGGCCGGCAUCACGGGCCAGCACCCGCUCUCCAGGUGAGCCCAUACCUGGUGAGACUCCCUCCUCUCUCUUCCUCUUCUGUCUGCCAACACCACAGAUGCACACAUAGCAGACAUCCCUAUUCAGUCAAUCCAUGCCUUCAUCCAGAGUCUUCACAGCACGGCUAUGGGCACAGAGUUAACUGAGAGGGGCAGGCUGCUGGUUUGUUUCUCCUCCAGCCUCUCUCCUCUCCUCCCAGAACAGGAGACACCCAGCCAGGCCAGUCACCCUGCAAGGCCCAGUCCCUCCCAGAGUCACCACCUCACCUGACCCAUGCAGCCAGCCAGAGAGAGAGGGAGGAAGGCUGGGCUGGCAGCUGUCUCAGGCCCUGGGCUGGCUGACUGGCUAGCUGGGUGGCUGGCCAGCUGAAUGGGCUUUGUUAAACACCCUCCAUCAUUAGAUGUAUAAUAAAUGAUUCGGCCCUGCUCUCUGCUCUGGCCAGACUCCCACACUGAUCUGCCUUUGUUUGCUCCCUCUCCAGCCAAGCCCAACUGGCACCAACAACACAUUCCCCCCCCCCCUCCAUUUUUCUGUUCAGCGUGUGGAAAUGGAUGGAGACAAUGGGCUUGUUGAUCUGUGUGUGUGGGUUGGAGGGGUUGGAAGGGGCGGGCUCUAGGGGAGAGAACAAGAGGAUUCAGCGUCUCUGGCGGUUUGGACAUUUGUCAGGGUUAGUGUUUCAGUGUGUGAGGCAUGGGUAUAGAAUGGGAGUAGUGUUUUUUUUCUCUUGAUUUAGGCUCGUUUUUCAAUGGGGGACAAAGCCCUAUUUUAUUGUUGGCCACCUUGGUCUCUGGCCAGCCAUUGCAGGCUCCCUAAUGAGCUUUUCUUUUCUUUUCUUUCUUUUCUCCUCUUUCCCUUUUCUCUCUUUCACUGACUGUCUCAGCAGCCAUUGGUGCUUCCUACAACUUCUCCUUCCUCAGUCCUCAGGGUCUCAACUUCUCCUCCUCUCAGAGCUCAGCCCCGUUCUGGUCAGGUACUCUCUCCUCCUUUUCUUCAGCUCUUCUUCUUCUUCCCUCUGUCCUCUAUCAAGCCAGCCACCUCUCCUCUCCUCUCACACCCCUUUUCAUUUCUUAUUCUUUCGUAGCUGUCAAAGGUUCUCAUCUCUGUUGUCAUGUGUCAUCACUGUAAAAGCAUGAGCUUUUCACCCAUUACAUUGAUAGGAGCAUAUAUAGAGUGUGCGACUUUCUUUCUUUGUUUUUUUUGUUCAUUGAUGUGCCAUCAUUGAAAGGGCAUUGAAUUAACUGCAGAGAACUUUGCAGAGAGAGGCGCAACUGGGGAACCUAUAGUUUUAUUACAUGGAUAGACUCCUCCUUUGUUGCAGGUCUAUGGGAGGGGGUAAUAUUAUGUAUAGAUAAUUGAGCUACAGCGUGGUCCUCUGUAGCUCAAUUGGUAGAGCAUGGCGCUUGUAACGCCAGGGUAGUGGGUUCGAUCCCCGGGACCACCCAUACGUAAAAAUGUAUGCACACAUGACUGUAAGUCGCUUUGGAUAAAAGCGUCUGCUAAAUGCCAUAUUAUGUAUUAUUAUUGUGUGAUAUUGAUAUUAGCAACACAGCAGAGAAAAGGAGAUGAAGAAAAAUACAGGUUUGUGUCUCUCUGCUGGAAGAAUUAGCCUUAGUCGUCAUAGUGAUGCCUUGAAGGCGUACAGGAGUGUGACUUUAUUUAUUUUUUGGUGUCAUCGAUGUGCCAUUAUUGAGUAGAGCAUUGAAUUAACUGAUUUCUUUAGAAUAUAAAACUUACAUAACUGAGUCAAGGGGUAAAGAACCCAUCUUAAGUUUCAAGUUUUUAAUGUCACGUGCACAAGUACAGUGAAAUGCCUUUCUUGAAAGCUCCAAACCCAACAAUGCAGUAAUCAAUGUCAAUGUAGCACAAAACAUAACACAAGGUAGAACAAAAACACACAAGAAAUCAAAUAAAAAAUAAUUACAAAUCCUCAUGCACAAUCCUCUCCUCCAACCGUAAUCUCCACUACUGUCUGUAAAUGUUCUGCACUCACCCAGGAUCUGUAGGUUACCUGUGGGACACCAAUGUGUCUGCUCUCUCUGCACUGUUAUCCCACUGACUCUGAUGUCAUUGUUCCAGUGUUCACACCGAGGGUGGUCAGUACAGCAGUGGCCAGGUACAACUUUGCAGCACGGGACAUGAGGGAGCUGUCACUCAGAGAAGGGGAUAUUGUUAAGAUCUACAGCAAGAUCGGAGGAGACCAGGGCUGGUGGAAGGGAGAGGCCAACGGCAGG